AUGGUCGACUCCGGUACAGCGAACCCCCGAGCACUUGUGGCCAAAUGGGCGCGGUAUAUCUUGAACAAGACGCUGUCAGAGGACUUGAAGGUGAUAUCUGCUGCACCGUCGCCGACUGCCAACGCAAGGAAUUCGCGGAUGGAAGGAAGAAAGGAGAGCACGACGGGCUUACACAAGGUAGACACCCUUGGUCCAGAGUCUGCAGCAUCUGCCACCGUGAUACCUUCUGACAUAGUGGAUGUAGUUGCGGUAGAAUAUUGUGGGCGUCUUACAGAUCGUGCGAUAAUCGACCUCAGGCUGUUGCCACGAAAUUGA